CUGGGAGGUGUGGCUGGGGGCGCGGUGAGGGCGCGCCGGGCCGUCGCCGGCGGCCGAGGCGGAGCGGCGGCGGGGCCGGGCUGGAGCGCGAUGCUGCGGCGGAAGCCAACGCGGUUGGAGCUGAAGCUGGACGACAUCGAGGAGUUCGAGAGCGUCCGGAAGGACCUGGAGAGUCGCAAGAAGCAGCGGGAGGAGGCGGCGGCGGCGGCCGGCGAGGAGGCGGCGGCGGCCAUCGCCCUGGGCGCCGACCACAAGAGCCGGGAGCAGCUCAUCAGCGACCGCAUCGGCUACAAGCCGCAGCCCAAAGCCGGCGGCCGCGCCGCCCACUUCGGCACCUUCGAGUUUUAGCGGCGGGGGCGGCCCCGGGGCCCGGCGGGGCGGCAACAGGCACCCCCCGCACCGGGGGCACGGGCCUUCCCCCUCCCUUUUGCUGUUUGUUUUUUUUUUAAGCUUGGCUAACAGGCCCAUGAGCGCCCCCUGACCAAGUGUUUUGUUUUAAAUAAAUGUCUUUUUUUUUUUUGUUUUUGGUAAA